UUUUUUCGACUCAGCUUACCGACAGACGAUGACUUCGGCACUACGAUGGGUCCCGCUCGAGUCGAACCCGGAGCUCUUCUCGAGCUGGUCAUCGUCGCUGGGCCUGGACACAACAAAAUACGAAUUCUGUGACGUCUUUGGCCUUGACGAUGAGCUCCUGGCCAUGGUGCCACAACCGGUCCAUGCCGUCCUGCUUCUCUUCCCUGUCACAGAGGCCUACGAAGCCAAGAGACACAAGGACGACGAAGGGGUGAUCGAGUCUGACAAGCCCGAGGGAGAUGGCGAGCUCCUCUGGUUCAAGCAAACGAUCGGCAAUGCUUGCGGUACCAUUGGGCUGCUUCACGCCCUCGCAAACACGUCAGCCUCGGAGACACUUCCCAAAGAUUCUCCGCUGGCCACCCUUUUUGCAGACGCACGCCCAUUGGCUCCCGUAGAUCGUGCUGCCUUGCUACAGACGUCCAAGAGCUUGGCCCAAGCGCACACGCAGGCCGCUGCUUCGGGCCAAACGGCCGCACCAAGCGCAGACGACAAGGUCGAUCUCCACUUUGUUGCCUUUGUCAGGCACCCAAAGACUGGAGACCUCGUGGAGCUCGAUGGACGGAGAAAAGGCCCUGUCAACCGGAAGGUCAAGGUCGAAGAGCAGAAGGACCUUCUCAAGUUGGCGACUUCAUGGAUCAGAGAUAGUUACAUGGCAUUGGACCCCACAGAGGUCAACUACAACCUCAUUGCUCUGUCCGAGGUGCAGCAAUGAUGAAGCAACACUAGUCAGAGAAAUGAGAUUAAAUUGUGAAAC